AUGGAGACCGGCAGCUUUGUACCCUAUCUGAUGGCUAUCAUUUUGGUAGCCUCAGUGAUGACUAUUUCGCUGCGUAAAAAUAAGCUGUCUGCGUUCCCGGUUAUUAAUGCCUCAAAAAAUGAGUAUCUCAUGAGCGGAAGGGCGAUGUUGGCCCGGGGUCUGAAAGAAUUUGGUGGAAAGCCUUUCAGAGUCAACACCGGACUUGGCGGCGGUGUCAUCAUUCUCGAUCACAGCGUCAUGCCAGAGGUUCGAAAUGAUGCUCGUUUCGACUCAACGAAGUUCCUACUCCAGUACUGGCAAGCUGGCAUCCCCGGGUUCGAGCCUUACAUUGCUCUGGGAACUGAGAUACUGCACAAUGUCAUCAAAUGGAAUCUAACACCUUCUGGUAUUGCCAAGCUAAACAAGCCAUUGUCCGAUGAGGCAAACGCUGCUCUGAGUGAUAUCUUGACUGAUAACGAAGAAUGGCAUGAGGUUCUCCUUGGCGAUGUAAUCAUUCGAAUCGUUGCCCGAGUGUCCUCCGUCAUUUUUCUUGGCCCAGAACUGUGCCGAAACCCCGACUGGCUGAAAAUCACAGUGAACUACACUAAUAAAGCAACAAAUGCCGCCAAAGUCUUACGGCGUUGGCCUGUUUUUCUCUAUCGCACAAUUCACUGGUUUCUCCCAGAAUGCCGUGAAGUUCGCACUAUGCUGGUUGAAGCGCGGCAAAUCAUCGCGCCGAUUCUAGAGAAGCGCCGUGUACAAAAGACUGCAGAUCCAAGCCUAGAGUAUCAUGACGCUUUGUACUGGUACGAGACGGCAGCUAAAAGAAUGGGCGUUGAGUAUGACCCUGCCGACCAACAGCUGGCCCUCAGUAUCUCUGCCAUUCUGACUAGCAACGAUCUCAUGUCCCAGAGCAUCAUGGAUCUUUGCAAAAGCCCGGAGAUGUUUGAGCCCCUCAGGAACGAAAUAUGGUCCGUUCUCGGGGAUGGGCAAUGGAGGUCUACGAGUCUCUACAACACGAAGCUUCUUGACAGUGUUCUCAAGGAAACUCUGCGUCUUAAGCCCGUCGCAGCUGUGGGUCUUGGCCGUAGAGUUAUGGAAGACGUCCGCCUUAAGGAUGGCACAGUUCUUCCCCAAGAUUCUGGCAUCGCUGUCAAUGCGGAAAAGAUGUGGGACCCGGAGAUCUAUGAGAACCCGCGAACCUAUGAUGGAUACCGAUUCCUACGACUGCGGGAAGCUUCCGAGCAAGGGGAAAAGACAUCCCAACUUGUCAGUACUUCGCCUGAACACCUAGGUUUUGGCCUCGGCAUUCACGCUUGUCCUGGCCGCUUCUUCGGCGCCAAUACCGUGAAGCUAGUCAUGUGCCAUUUGUUGCUCAAG